AUUCUAAACGCAUCUCCACACAUGCACACUUUCUUCUCAACGCACCUGAAGCCUGGACUGAACAUGCAACCGGCUGGCCGCCUGAGACUAAGGAUGUGGCUGGAGGAGCAGAUCGAGUCUGGGAAGUACCCGGGAGUCUGCUGGAUCGACAAGUCGGAGCAGGUUUUCCAAAUCCCGUGGAAACACGCAGCUCGUCACGGCUGGAAUAUUGACCGAGACGCCACUCUCUUCAGGAGCUGGGCUGAGCACACUGGCCGAUACCGUCCAGGCCAACACAAAGCCGACCCAAAGACUUGGAAGGCCAACUUCCGCUGCGCCCUCAACUCUCUCCCGGACGUACGUGAGCUACGUGAGCACAGCAACAAGAGAGGCAGCGACGCCUACAGAGUUUACAAGAUGCUCCCCGGCCCCAGUGUUCGCAAUAGAGGUGAGUGCAACACACCAUACGAUGUGAAUGAAAAUUAUACUGAUGUGACAAACCUUGAGUCACAAACAGUCCCUUCUCUCCGGUCAGGACUCCGGAUGCGGAGUCAGCAUUUCAAAGAGCAGCAGCACGUCAGACCGCUUGCGCCUGUUGAUGCGUCGCCGCAACCGUGGCAUGCUCCCAGCGGCGCUUCAAGCACUCAAGAGGCGUCGUGCAGCAUUGCUGUGGCGGACAUGUUAUUGGAGGCCAUGGAGCAGGAGGACGGAGCCAAGGUAUCACAGGAGAAUCCUCCGGACCUUCAAAAGCUGGUUGGUCACUUCAGCAGCACUACUGAGUCGUGCAACCACACUCAAAGAGGAUGGAGGGCUUACCCACUCUGGGACCACUGGCACUGUCCAGUGGACGACAGCCUCUUCUCCCUGCAAAUAGACAACGGCAAUGAACUUGCGUCAGACUGGUCCUUACAUCAGCAGACCCUCACACUGUAGCAACAUCAGGAACAAUGUGUCUGCGUGUGCGCGUCGCGUACCUGAUUAAAUGUUUUCUUUUCCCGCAAACCCGCUGAAAUAAAAGACGUGAGAAAAGAUCUUGUUCCAAGCCACGCAUUAGCUCAUGUUUUAAGUGCUUCCUACUCACGUCGAUGACUCCCUAUAGCAACAAAGGGGAAAGAUCUCAUUUCGCAUUGUUUGGACUGUCAAAAAUUAUGGCAUCAAGACAUUAUAUGUCCAGUGAAAAGGAGGUAUCGCCAAUAUGUUUUUGUCUUCUAUUUAUUUGGAUGAAUAGAAUAAAAACAUACAGUAUGAAGAUAUUUGCUUUUCAUUGGACAUUUUUUGUGUCUCAUUUAAUUAAGUUACAAUUUUCUGCCAUCGUUGUUUGGGAGGGAAAAACCAAAUAACUUUGCGGUAAGAAAACAACAUGCUUUUCAUACCAUACAAAAACAUAUUUGUAUUUUCCUUAUCCCCAAAAAAUAAAUAUGAAAAAAAAUUAAAAA